CCUGACCAUUGGGAGUUAUUAAAGCACUAACAGUCCGAUCCUGCCUUCUCUCUCUUUACUCUCUCUCUAAAAUUCAAGAGAGAGAGAACGCAACCGAACCGGCUGAAGCUUUCCCAUCGUCUUCCUCGUCCCUCGCUGUUCUAUGCGCCUCUGAACGAACCCCAAAGGAAAGGAAAGGAAAUGUCGAACACAGUGUUUCAAACCGUUCAAUUCGUGCCCAUCAACCCUCCCAAACCCCUAAACCCGUCGAAACCCUGUUUGCCGCUUCGCCGACUCCGUUCGCGGCAGCGGGUGUUUUCGCCGGUCGCCGGUGAGCUAUGCCGGGGUCUGAUGGUGAAAGCUUCGUCAUGGGCUCUGGUGGACAGUGACCCUGUAGCUGUGCUGGAACGGUGCUUUAUUUCGUCGCCGCAGCCUUUGUCGUCCGACUCUUCGGCAUCACAAACGGCUUCUUCUUCUUCUUCUUCUUCGUCUGGAAUGGCUCCUAUUAUGAAGGGGAAGUACGGAGCGUUUGGGGCUGUGACGUUGGAGAAAUCGAAGCUCGAUGUGUCACAGAAGCAGUCGAGUUCUAGUCCCGAGAUUGCUACUGGGGGAGGUGGUGGAGAUAUCGGGAAGAAAAUCAAUCAUGGUGGUGGUGAUGGAGGUGAUGAUGAUGGUGAUGAUGAUGAUUACUUUGACUUUGAUGAUGGUGAUGAAGGAGAUGAGGGUGGAUUGUUUAGGAGGCGGAUUGUUCUUCAAGAGCUUUUUGAUCGAAAAUUCGUAGAUGCAGUACUAAAUGAAUGGCAGAGGACAAUGUUGGAUUUACCUGCUGGGCUUCGACAAGCCUAUGAAAUGGGUUUGGUUAGCUCAGCUCAAAUGACAAAGUUCCUUGCAAUUAAUGCUAGGCCAACUACCGCGAGGUUUAUUUCUCGUGCUCUUCCUCAAGGGAUGUCUAGAGCAUUUAUCGGCAGGAUGAUUGCAGAUCCUGCCUUUUUGUAUAGAUUACUUUUUGAGCAGGUAUCUACAAUUGGUUGCUCUGUUUGGUGGGAGUUGAAAAAUCGGAAGGACAGGAUAAAGCAGGAAUGGGAUAUGGCACUUAUUAAUGUACUCACAGUAUCAGCCUGCAAUGCAAUUGUUAUUUGGUCACUUGCUCCUUGUCGUUCGUAUGGAAACACAUUUCAGUUUGAUCUGCAGAACACAUUGCAAAAGCUUCCAAACAAUAUAUUUGAAAAGAGUUACCCGCUUAGAGAAUUUGACAUCCAAAAAAGAAUCCACUCGUUCUUUUACAAGGCUGCAGAGCUUUGUAUGGUAGGAUUAACUGCUGGAGCAGCCCAAGGUGUUCUAUCAAAACUUUGUGCCAGCAAAAAGGAGGAAAGGUUAUCUGUGACAGUCCCUACCGUGAGUUCAAAUGCCCUUGGUUAUGGUGCUUUCCUUGGACUUUAUGCAAACCUGCGUUAUCAGCUGUUAUGUGGAAUUGAUAGAGCUUUGAUAAACCAUUUUGAUGUUAUUGGAGUGGCACUGUUUUUUAGCACAGCUUUGAGGAUUUUGAAUGUUCAAUUAGGAGAGACGUCAAGACUGGCUUGGCUUGGGGUGGAAGCAGAUCCACUGGUUCAGUCGGACAGCGUCUUGAAGGCUUACAACAGGCCUUCUGAAGCUGUUUCUCAGUCCAAUUCGAAAUGGUUUAUUUCAAAGAAUGCAAUUGUUUCUGGCCUUGGUCUUCUUGGCGUGAAACAGAGGAGUGGUGAUUCUGUGGCAGACGAUGGGGAAGCACCUCCUCCCAAGGCACGGAGGAAGAGAAUUGUCAGGAGGAAGGUGACUACUUCAGCGUAGUUUAGUUCAAGUCGCUUGACUGUCAGUUGUUAAAAUUCUGCAGCUCGGGGAAGAGAUGAGAACCUGUUCGGACCAUGGCGAUAUUAGAUCCACUACGAACUUGUAUUUGUAUUUUAUAUGGCUGGAUCGCUGGUUGUGUUUGUGGAAGAAUUGGGGCGCGCAUUCAAAUCAACUGUCAUGAGAUUAGUUAGUAGGUUACUGGAAAUUUUGUUCCUUUAUUUUAUUUGUAACCUUUUGGCCGUUUAAUUAGCUCGUUCAAGCAGCAUAUGAUUCAUAUUGCAAAAUGAACAGUUGUUGAGAAAAUUUUCCUAUAAAGUUCAAGGUUUAUUGGUGUGCUAA